AUGAAAUACAUCAUAGGUAUAGGGGGUGUGACCAACGGCGGCAAAACCACUUUGACCAACCGGCUUAUCAAAGCACUUCCCAACUGUUGUGUUGUCCAUCAGGAUGAUUUUUACAAGCCACAAGAUCAGAUAGAAGUCGGGGAAGACGGCUUUAAACAAUGGGAUGCGCUGGAAUCAUUGGACAUGGAUGCAAUGGUGAGCACGGUGCAUGCGUGGAUUGAGGAGCCAAGGAAGUUUGCCCGCUCCCAUGGGGUGAACGUUAGGCCUAACUCUAAAGACCCCAUCCCAGAGGAGAUCCACAUCCUGGUCAUUGAAGGCUUCCUGCUUUACAAUUACAAACCGCUGACCGACUUGUUCAACAAACGCUACUAUCUGACAGUUCCCUAUGACGAAUGCAAGAGGAGGAGGAGUACACGACAUUAUCCUAUACCUGACCCACCCGGUCUUUUCGAUGGACACGUGUGGCCCAUGUAUUUAAAAUACAGGAAGGAAAUGGAGACCCAUGGGGUUGAUGCUGUUUAUCUGGAUGGAUUGAAGUCCAGAGAUGAGCUGUACAAUCAGGUCUUUGAAGAGAUUCAGAACAUGCUUUUAAAUUGUUCAUAGAGAAAUAUGCAUCUGCUUCUAUGCGCAUUGGUUGACCCCACUGAAACAGCACUCGGGUAUUACUUUCGUCUUGCUUUUCAAGGUCUGAGGAGAGCUGAAAGACCCCGGCAUAGAUCAGAUGUAGAUAAUACUUUAGACAUUAGAAGAUAGAAUCAUGUAGGGUUUAUUUGUGUAAACCAGUCACAUACUGUCCUUUGGGAAAGAUCUUAUGUAUA